UAAGACUCGUCCCUCAUUGUCUGCACCCGCAUCCAAUCACAGCGCACGGCGCAGAGGAAGCCGGGCUCUGAUUGGCUGCGGCCUUCCAAGCCUCCCUCCCACUUCACACACACACGGGAGCUGUCCGGUGCUGAACCGCCGCCAUGAGCGGGGGGGUCUACGGAGGCGAUGAGGUCGGGGCGCUCGUGUUCGACAUCGGCUCGUUCUCCGUCCGUGCCGGUUAUGCCGGGGAGGAUUGUCCCAAGGCGGAUUUCCCCACCACGGUGGGGCUGCUGUCCCCGGAGGAGGCGGCUCUGGAGCUGGAUGGGGACAAAGAGAAGAAAGGGGGGAAGGUUUAUUACAUCGACACCAACGCGCUGCACGUGGCACGGGAGGGGAUGGAGGUGCUGUCACCGCUCAAGAACGGAAUGAUUGAGGACUGGGAGUGCUUCCAGGCCAUCCUGGAUCACACCUAUGGCAAACACGUCAAGUCGGAGCCAGGCCUGCACCCCGUGCUCAUGUCUGAAGCACCGUGGAAUACCAGAGCAAAGCGUGAGAAGCUGACGGAAUUGAUGUUCGAACACUACAACAUCCCUGCUUUUUUCUUGUGUAAAACUGCUGUUCUAACAGCGUUUGCCAAUGGGCGCAGCACGGGGCUGGUGUUGGACAGCGGAGCCACGCACACUACAGCCAUCCCAGUGCACGAUGGAUACAUCCUGCAGCAAGGGAUCGUCAAGUCGCCGUUGGCCGGGGAUUUCAUCUCCAUGCAGUGCAGGGAGCUGUUCCAAGAGAUGAACAUCGACAUCGUGCCGCCCUAUAUGAUCGCUGCCAAGGAGCCGGUCCGGGAGGGGGCCCCCCCCAACUGGAAGAAGAAGGAGAAGCUGCCCCCCGUCUCCAAGUCCUGGCACAACUACACCUGCAAUGAGGUGAUCCAGGACUUCCAAGCCUCAGUGCUGCAGGUGUCUGACUCCCCCUACGACGAACAGGUGGCCGCCCAGAUGCCCACAGUGCACUACGAGAUGCCCAACGGUUACAAUACAGACUAUGGGGCCGAGCGGCUGCGCAUCCCCGAGGGGCUCUUUGACCCCUCCAACGUGAAGGUGUGGGGCUGGGGGGGGACGAGAGCCCUUCUGAUCCCCACAACCCCUCCCCAUAUUGAGCCCCCCCCCAUUAUCAAACAGGGUUUAUCUGGUAACACAAUGCUGGGUGUGAGUCACGUUGUCACGACAAGCGUUGGGAUGUGUGAUAUAGACAUCAGGCCGGGUCUCUAUGGCAGCGUCAUUGUCACGGGGGGGAACACUUUGCUGCAGGGCUUCACCGACCGCCUCAACCGGGAGCUGUCACAGAAGACCCCCCCGAGCAUGCGCCUGAAGCUGAUCGCCAGUAACAGCACCAUGGAGCGGCGCUUCAGCCCCUGGAUCGGGGGCUCCAUUUUGGCCUCCCUUGGCACGUUCCAGCAGAUGUGGAUCUCCAAGCAGGAAUACGAGGAGGGGGGCAAGCAGUGCGUGGAGCGGAAAUGCCCCUGAGCCCAUUAACCCUCGUUAACACGGAGC